AUGGACUCUCCGAAGAAAACCAUAAAAAAGAAACGUAAAACCCAGACCACAAAGUCCUACAAAAGAAGGGAACAAGAAGUGCAGUCUCUACUCCGGGAUGUGCGUAUUUCUGGGCAGGAGCACGACUCGGAGGCACUCAGCUUGCAGUUCUUUCAUGGGGAGGAUGUUGCAGAGCAGCAGGAAAGGGAGAACGCCCAAUCGGAAACCGACACUAAUGGCGCCUUGGAAAGCGAUGAAGAGUCGGGAGAGGAAAUGACGGUGGAGCCUUCCAAGUCCUCUAAUCACACCUUCAUCCAAAUCGAUCUGCAGGACCCGCCGUUGGUGUGGAACCAGCUCUAUAAGCAGCGGCACUACUACGACGAGAGCCUCCUAUAUCGUCCCAGUAAUGUCCUGCAUUUCCAGCUCCAUCUGAGCGAUGCUCAGCUGUCCAAUGACCAGAUCCGUAUGCUGAAUCGCUUUCAGGAGCAGGCCAAGAGCGACUUUAGUAAACUGAACUCUGACUUAGUGGCCCAGCUCAGCGAUGUGAAUCCUCCACAGUUCCUGAUAGACGGGGAACGCUAUCGCAGUGUGUGCCACAAGGAGUUCCAGAGCGUAUUCUUCGAGCCCAUGCCCAGGGAACUCUUUCAGGGUCUUCCCACCCGCCGGUGCCUUAAAUUGAACUUGAAGCGAAUUCGCUUCAGCCUUCAUCCACUGCUCCUGGAGGAGCAUGAGCUGGCCCAGCAACUGGAGGAUCUUUAUGAUGUCUACAGCCAGCAGAAGAAACUGAAGAUCUGCAAGAAGCUGAGGGAGGAACUGGAGAUAGCCCGCCAGGUGGCGGCCAAGUUGCUUCACUCGGCCGGCCAGGACCAAACGGCGGAGGUGAAGCGUCAAUUGCGGCUCACCAAGCAGCUCAGGGAGCGGUACUACGCUGAGUCCGCCACCCAGAGGAAUCUCCUGAAGCGCCUGCUCCGAGAGUGGGCCAAGCUGAAGGCCCUGCGUCGUCAGCAAAGAUUCCAAUGCACUCGCUUCCAACUAAGCCUCCGGGUGACCCACCCUUCGGACCUCGAGGCCUCCUAUUCUACUUGGCGGGAGAACUUUGAAACGGACCUUGCUGAGGUCUAUCGGGAGCAUCUGGAGCUGUUUUACUGCCGACGGCGUCUAUGGAGCGAGGAGAACUCCAGCCGAAGGUCGACCUCCCAGACAAAGCCUCCCCGCAAGCCGCAAUUCGACCGAAUCAUGGCUAGCUUGAGAAAGGAACACGACAAGGCUUUCAAGGAUCCGGAGGAGCCAUUCGUAGAAGUCAUCCGCCUAUACGCGGAUGAGGCGUCUGCCAGGAUCACGGUUCCAACUAGCCAGCAAAUGCCAAAGGCUCGAAAUUACUUCCUAAAGAUCUUUCUGGACGAUGAGAUUGUGGGUCAGACCAGGAGCUAUCGGCUGGAGCCGGAUCUGCAGAUUCCCAUCAACGAAUGCAUCGGAGUUCUGCUGGAAAGGACAUUGCCGGGAACCCUGCACAUUUGGCUCUAUGAGAAAUCCACUCUGACUCCCAACAGUCGCCGCCUGGCCGAAAUGACUGCUCCUUUGACCUUGAGCCGCAAGGAUGAGGCCGUUCAUGAGAAGCUGUCCUUUCGUACCGCGAGAUCUUCCUCUCCCCAACUAGCUGGUGAUGUCUAUGUGAACUACGACUACCGUACCACAGAGGGAAAUGGAGGAACUCAGGAAGUCCACGCUCUGGACGACGUCCAACGGCUCCCAGAGCCACUGCGGCAGAGUCUGCUGCCCCCAAAACUCCCCCCGAUGCCCGAGGCGUCCAAGGAGUUCGUUACUCCCCGGCCUCCCAGUGGAAAGAUCCGGAAAUCUAAUAGGGCACAGUCGCCGCUAAUCUUCUCCGAGCAGCAGCUGCAGUUCUGUCACAUCGAAGAGCUCGUGGAGAACCGGAGAUUCCAUUUGUUGCACUCCCGUCAUCAGCAAAGGAAUCUCCAUACCAAGCAGCUACGUUUUGUGCCCGCCCUGGAGCACGAGAUUUCGGAGAUGGAGCCUCUACCCGACACCCGGGGUAUAGGUUCGCUUUUGGAGCCCGGCACCUACUGGAAUCCCAUCGAUCUGCACAAGCAUCGCGGUCGCAAGUUCCUCCAGCUUCUGUACGAGGUGAUCGGUAGUCAGAGUGCCCGCCGGGCGAAGGCUCUCCAGACCCCAGUGCCGCUACUGCUCCUGGCCGAGGACUCAGAUCACUCCUCGGCUACCGGCUGGGCAGCUCUGUGGAGAGCUCUGGCUUCCGUGUUCAAGGGGCAACCAAUAAUGUUGCCAAGGGAGCCGGCGGCAUGGUCUGGACAUCAGCCACGGCAUGAUCUCUUCCAGCACUUUUGCGUGUCCCUGCAUGUGGUGAGAGCCACGGGCGUGCCAGUUAGGAGUCGCCACAUCCUAAACAUCAACGAGCGCCGGACAAGUGCCGGUGGGGACAUGUCCACCAGUUUAUUUGUGACACAAACUCUCAUGUACUCGAAUGUGCGUCCGUUUGUGACCCUCAGCUAUGGACAACGCUUGUGCCGGAGCCGCACUGCCGAGGGCAGUAAUCCCACCUGGAACGAGCAACUGCAGCUCCAGAUCAGCAGCCAGUUUGGUGAUCUUCGGGAUGAUCUCAAGAUUAGUUUGUUCGACGAGCUGAUCGAGCAGCAAUAUAGCGACGAGGCGUCCGAUCUGUACCAGAGAGUCCAAUGCAAUUGGUUGGGCGAAUUCCGGGUGCCCAUCAGCAGUCUCCUGGCCAGCAGGAAGUUUGAAGGAUGCAUUGAGAUGGCCAUGCCCAAGGUCCUGGUUGGCUACAAACGUCCUUUAAUCGACUCCGUCACCAACAUGUCCACGGAUCAGUAUCCCGAGUUCAAGGAGUCGGUACAUUUGUGGUUCUACCUGAGCAUCGAGCCUGGCGGAGCGGAUGCCUCACCACUGCAAUCCAAUGCUCUGGCCUGUGCCGAAAAGCCGGAGCUCCAGAUCUACCUUGGGGAGAGGAAACUGGAACUGAUGCAACUGCUGCCGCAACCUCAGAGGUAUGUGGAGCCCCUGGUUUGCACGGCCCAGGGAAAACGAGUGUGCCUUACCCGGCUCCUGGAGUCAAUACCCUUGCCGCCAGCUGUGGGUGUUGGGGAGAGUCCUUUGGAGGCAGCCUGUCGAUUUGUUUCCCUCCUGAGCCAGCUGCGUAGCUAUGAUCCGUGCCAAGGAUUCCGUGGAGUUUGGCUGGACAAUCAAACCCUACUGGACAGCACCUGGUGCUCGGUGAAGGAUCUCGGUGUCCUGCUGUGUAAUUAUAUGCUUUCGUUGGGGUUGGAGUGCUGGCUAGCCCUGGGCUUGGCUUGUCCCCACGGCGAGUGCUCCUUUGUGCUCUUCCGUCAGCCCGAGACGUCCGAACUCUUCAUAGUGGCUCCUGCCACAGGAAAACGAUACCAGUUACAGGACGUCCAUUGUCCUCUGAGGCGUCUUUUUUGUUUAGUCGGCAAGCAAAAUAUUUAUUUCAACAUCCAAACGGAAACCCGAGUUAGCAUGACCAACUUCAAUCUCCAGGAUACCACCUGUUGGUUUCCACACUUCGUCCGCCGAAUUCGAGCACCCCACGGCGGCGUCCAGAAGUUGGAUUACAUGUACAAACGGAGCCAUGACCUUAACCAGCUUCAAAAGGACAUAGAACGCAAGAUCAUGAAGAAAAUCAGUGCCUGGAGAACCACUAGGAAGACUAUAUGGAAUCGAGCAUUUCAACCUCGAUUGUAUCAGAUCUUGCUGGAAAUGGAGCACAUAGCCACCUAUUCCAGGGGCUUGUACGAUGAGCCCGCGUUUAGUGAGCAGCUAGAACGAGAGUAUCCCAAUUAUAGAUUUUAUGGCUUCACCCUCAACUUUGCGUACACCAAUCUGGCAGCCAUUUCGGAGCGCAUUCGGACGACCUGCAUCCACUACAACAAUCACUCGGAGGUCGAGUUCUGUGUGGCGGUGCACCUUCACGCCCACUCCAAUGACGUGCUUUCCGUUUGGCUCUUUCUGCUGGCAAUGGUGCCCCUGGUGGUGUGAGCCCAUGCCUGAGUCAUAACCAAGAGAAUAAAAAUCAAAUGCCGGAGACAAUCCCCCUACCAGGUGGGGAUCCGUACUGCUCUGAUAAGGCCGAAACAGUUUUCGGGUGCAGGCGUAACCCAGCGGCCGAUUGAUUUUUAUCGCUCUCGCCUAACAGCGGCAAACAAGAAACCGAAGCCAAAAUCUAUUUAAUUUGGUUUACAGCCGAAAAAAUGUAUAUAUAUACGCAUUUAUAAAAAAAAAAAAAAUAGAAAAAGAAAAAAAAACAAACAAAAAAAUAUGGUUUCUGUGAUAAGAAAUGACGGGGACGCAGGUACCGCACAGGUGUCUCACUUCACCCGGAGGCAUGAUCGGGUUAGUUCGUCGCGCACCCUGAAACAGUCGAUACUUCCAUAAACCCCACAUCGCCUGAUAGCCACCAGAGU